GUUUCUGAGGGCUGCGCCAUCGUCCGCCGCACUCGUAAUCAAGCUUUCGUGGGUAACGGUACUGCUCUGGGUCGCGUUCUCUCUCCAUAUCCAUAUCCAUAUCCGUAUCCGUGGCAAGUGCUAUCCUAUAAGUGUGUAAACUAUACCUCCGCGUGCUCAAGUGCCUUCGAGUGUGUCCACCGUAUCCUUAUCGAAUUUCAAUUUCCACCAUAAGGAUAUACACAGGAGUAUAUUUGUGAUUUGUUUCUGUUUAACAAAUAAACAACAACCGCAAUCCCCAAUUCACAGCGCCAUGCCCACACAGAGCAGCACCAUGUGGGGCCAGAAAAGCAAUCGCAAAUUAAUUAUCGGCAUAUUCGGCUUUAGCCUGGGACUGUUUGGCAUAUUGUGCGGAAUGUUCUGGGAGGACCUAUUCAAUUGGAUCAUGCACAAGGAAAUGGUUCUGGCACCCGAUACACGUGUCUACGACAACUGGAAGUCGCCGCCGCUGGAACUCAAUUUGGAUAUCUAUCUGUUCAACUGGACCAAUCCCGAGGAGUUUGGCAACCUCUCAACGAAGCCCAUACUCGAGCAGGUGGGUCCAUACCGAUUUAGCGAGCGGCCCGAUAAGGUGGACAUCGAUUGGCAUCCGGAGAACGCUUCUGUCAGCUAUCGCCGCCGUAGUUUCUUCUACUUCGAUGAGGAGGGCAGCAACGGCAGUCUGGACGAUGAGAUUAACACCCUCAAUGCGGUUACACUGUCCGCUGCAGCCACGGCCAAGCAUUGGCCCAGUGUCAAACGCGCCAUGGUCGAUGUGGGUCUUAAGGUCUACGGUUCUGAAAUGUGCGUCCGUAAAACAAUCGAUGAGCUUCUGUUCACUGGCUACAAUGAUGUGAUGAUCGACGUGGCGAUGGCCAUGCCCAUCUUUGGCGAUGAGGUCAAGGUUCCUUUUGACAAGUUUGGCUGGUUCUAUACCCGGAACGGCAGUGCCGACCUAACCGGUGUCUUUAAUGUCUUUACGGGUGCUGACGAUCUGGCCAAGCUGGGACAAAUGCACACGUGGAACUACCAGGAGAACACGGGCUUCUUCGAGUCAUUCUGCGGCAUGACCAACGGAUCGGCGGGAGAAUUUCAGCCACAGCAUCUGAAACCAGGUGGCAGUAUAGGCCUUUUUACCCCCGACAUGUGUCGUACGGUUCCGCUGGACUAUCUCGAAACUGUGGAUAUUGAAGGCCUAAAGGGCUAUAAAUUCGCUGGUGGGCCGCGAUCUGUGGAUAAUGGCACACUGUAUCCCGAGAAUCUUUGCUACUGCGGCGGUGAGUGCGUUCCCUCGGGAGUGAUGAACAUCAGUGCCUGUCGCUUUGGAUCGCCCGUCUUCAUGUCUUACCCACAUUUCUACAAUGGAGAUCAGUAUUUUGUUGAUCAAGUGGAGGGCCUAGAGCCCAAGCAGGAGGAUCACGAGUUCUACAUGGUUGUGGAGCCAAAUACAGGAAUUCCACUGGAAGUUGCAGCCCGUUUUCAGGUCAACAUGCUGGUGGAGCCCAUAGAGGGGGUUGCCUUGUACAAGGAUGUACCCCGAAUAUUCUUCCCGCUAAUCUGGUUCGAGCAGAAGGUGCGGAUCACACCGGAAAUGGCUGAUCAACUGAAGGUGCUGCCCAUUGUCCUGCUGUCGGGGCAUAUCUUUGCUGGAGUUUGCCUGGCCAUUGGCCUGAUCCUCCUCUGCUGGGCUCCCGUCGAACAUAUGAUUUCCUGGUGCCGGCGUCGUCGCUACGAUCUGAAAAACCCAACGAAGACCAAUGGCGAUUACAAAAGUCGCUCCCAUUACGCCAGUGCCGAAGAGCUUAAGUCCAAGGCUUCCACUCUGAUCUGCGAGAAGAGUACCAGCGGAACUCCGGAUAGUUCUCCCCUGCUCGCCCGGCGAGGCCAAAAGGCAACCAUUGUCCCGACCAUGUCCAAGUCGCAGACGGGUGAAAGUGUAGCCACCGCCUCGACGUCCGUCAGCGAGACCAAGUAGUAACGGAAGCAUCCAUUCGCCAUUUAGCUAGUUAAGCCGUCCUAGUGCUUAGUCGUAGUUCCUAGUUUAGGUAAUACGUUUUUACCAAUACCAAAUACCAUCAAAAUUCGAACCAUUCCCAGUGCCUAUGCCAAAGAUGAGGUAGCCAGCAAUGCCAUUUGUUUGGCAUACGAAUACUCUUUUUACAUUCCCUAGUUGUAACUCAUAAGACAUUUUUGUACUCGUAUUGUAAAUGUUUUCUUUCUGCAGUUCGCUUGAACCAAACCUAAGGCCAAAAUAUCAAAGUACAUAUUUUAUAAAAC